CCACUAACUUGCGGUCUCGCUCGUUGUCUGGAACCGGACGCUCGCUGGUUGGAUCAUGGCUCAAACUGAACCGGAAUGAGGAUUACUUCCUGCUCUACUCACACCUGACUUACGUGACGCUGCCACUGCACCGCAUCACUACAGAUUGACGUAUCAGCUAUUGCAAGCAUGGAUGAUAACAGCUUGGCCACCUACAUUCCCAUCUAUGGUGACAGGAUUGCCACACGGAGAUUCUGCUCAGAGUACCAAAGAAAAGGUGAGAGAGAUGUGCAGCGACAGACACUGCUUCAAAAACUCAGAAGAAAGAUGGGAAUUGACAAAAAUCAAGAGGAGUCGGACCAAGAAGAAUCAUAUUCAACUCGUAAACACUCUAAAGCCUAUUUAAGGAAUAACAAGCUGGCUGUGAGAAAGACAAGAAAGGUUGAGUUAGGAUGGAUACAUGAAGGCAAGCAACAACGCAAGAAAAAUGGAGGAGGAACGAGGAGAGUGGAUGUGCCAAAAGAAGCCAAAAAAUCUGAUAUUUUAAGCAUUGCAAAGGAGCUGUUUUUUCCAAAUGGACAAUCUAAAAAGGGAAAACUGGAAGAUUUCACUUGUAAUAUUUUAGAUUAUCAAGAGGAUGACAUUUUAGAAGAAGACAUGACAGUAGGAGAACUUUAUUCCCUGCUGAAAAUGGGAAUUUUAAGAUUUUAUCUUUGCACAAAGGAACGGAAAGAACUGACAAUCACAGAACUCAUCAAUGUGCCAGAUGAAAGAGUGGAGAACGAUGAACCAGAAGAAAAAAACAACUUCUCAGAGUCAUCUAACUCCUCUGAGGUUAUGGUAGGACCUUACACCGGUGAACCUCAGGCAUGGCAACUUGCCGCCACUCUGGCCCUUUCAUCAGAUGAUGAAGGGGAAUCUGUGUGUUUUAAUCUACCAUCAACUUCCCAGAACUUUGUGAGUCCUGUAAACCAGUCUUUCUCAAACAACUCUGCACCAUCUACAUCUACUCCCACUGAGAAUCCUGCACCUCCUGAUAUGGGCCCAGUAUUUGUUUUGUCCAAUCUGUCAAAUGAUGAAGGAAACUUUGUGAUUCUUGGUCAACCAUCAUCUGCCCAUAACCUGGCAAAUCCAAACAGUCAGCCUUUAACAAUCAGUACACUGCCAUCUACUUCCAGUCUAACAGAGCAACCUACACAUACAUUUAUGCUACCUGCACCUAAUGUCAGUUCUUCAGUUAGCGAAGCACACAGGAACACUGAGCAGUCUGGAUUUGAAGUUGUUAAUGUCAGCAUUAUACUUCAUAGGACAAAGCUUAUGGAUGAACUAAUCACACAGUUCAAAGAUCCCAACAUACUCACCUACCCUUUGAAAUUUACUUUCAUAGAUGAGAAGGGAGCAGAUGCUGAUGGCAUUUCCAGAGAUGUCUAUUCAGCUUUCUGGACAGAGUUUUUGGAUUGUCUUGCUGAAGGGCAGGACAUGAGAGUUCCAUUACUUACACCAAAGUGGCAGGAAGAAGAAUGGAAAUCAGUUGGACGCAUUCUUGUUAAGGGUUUUCAGGAUCAUGGCUAUUUUCCUUGCCGUCUUGCUCCAGCUUUCACAGUGGCGUUGGUUUUUGGGGAACACUCAGUGUCACCUGACUUACUGUUUGAGUCUCUCCUCUCUUACAUCAGUCCAGAAGAAAGGGAUCUUGUGAACAAGGCUUUACUGGAUGAUCUUCUCGGUGAUGAACAUGAUGAACUGAUUGACCUAUUAGAUCGUAUGGGUGCUAAAUCAAUUCCAACAAGAGAAAACUUGAAAGCUGAGCUUUUAAAUGUUGCACAUAAGCUUAUCAUUCAACAGCCAAAGUAUGCUCUUGAUAAAAUGUCACAAGUUGCAAGAACAACAUUUGCACAUGCCUUCAGAAGCCAACUGAAUAUUGUAGAAAUGUAUGAGAACAUGAAACCUACAGCGAGAAAGGUUCUUAAGUUAUUUGAAGCGAGUCCUGCUACACAAGCUGAGAGCCAGAGUCUGAGGUACUUACAGCAGUAUGUGAGAGGACUGGAUCAGGCAGGCCUCAGAAAGUUUCUGCGAUUUACCACUGGCUCAGAUGUGCUUUGUAUUAAAAACAUUGAAGUUCUCUUCACAUCUUUAGAUGGAGUAGCACGACGGCCUGUUGCGCAUACAUGUGGUCCAGUCUUGGAGCUACCUUGGACUUACCUGUCUUUCCCAGAGCUGCGUGUGGAGUUUGACAGCAUACUGAGCAGCCAAAGGUGCUUUGACAUGGACAUUGUGUGAGACUGAAGAUAAAUAUCAUGUUAAGAUCUUUUCCAUGCCAAAAAGGCAAAUUUUUAAUGGAAAAAAUGUGCACCAACAUAUCUAAAAUGUUUUGAUUCAGGUGUUAUCAGUAUGCUACGAAGUUCAAAAGGAAAAUUUGCAUUUCACUCAGGAAAAUAAAGGCAAGAUUAUGUCAGGAACACAAACAAAGGCAAUGCACAACUAUAGCAUGAAUACGUUUUUCUUAUUGCUGCCAGAAAGUUAAAAAAAAUAAUAACACAUAAAUAACUAGUUUAAGGGGUCAUAUUGCAGUAGAUCUUAAGAUUUUUUUUGAGUUAAACAAUAUAAAACAUGCUGUAAAUCUCAGUUAUUUUUAUGUCAUGUUUUUGGAAAGAGCAUAAUUUUUCUUUUAUAUUCCUUUCUGAGGUAAUGUAUUGAGCAUAAUGAAGUCCAGAUUCACAUUAGACUUACUUUAAAAUUGUUUUUGAUGUGUAUUUAAGUUU